AUGACGAAUUAUACCGCUAACGAUAUCAAUCCUGAAAACUUUCCCAGUUGUCCGUUCGACGACCAAAACGAUCUCACCAGCGUCACACUGCGGUAUGCUGUGCCGACGCUUUUUGGAAUCGUCGAUGUGAUCGGCUUCAUAGGAAAUUUGCUGGUGAUUAUCGUGAUCCUUGGUUAUGCCAGCAUGAGGAACAGUACAAACAUUCUAAUUCUAUCCCUCGCUUUCGCCGACUUUUCAUUCAUCAUUUGCUGCGUUCCGCUCACUGCCAUGGUCUACGCUACUGCCUCUUGGACGCUUCCAGAAUUUGUCUGCAAGACCUACUUUUUCCUUACUUAUUUUUCUGUCUACUGCAGUAUUUACACCCUAGUACUGAUGUGUUUGGACCGCUUUCUGGCGGUGGUGUAUCCUCUUCGAAGCAGAACCUGGCGGACAACCAAAAAUACCAGCAUUCUUGUAGCCGUUACCUGGGUCCUAAUUAUUUCCCUUACCUCACCCAUAUUCAUCAACGCUAAAGUUCUCCGAACCGUCAACCAUAACUCCACAACACCCUGCACACUGGACGUGUGCCAAAACGGUUGGAUAUUUGAGUACAAUGCCAGGAAUGAGAUUGUCGACUUUUCCCUCCACCGCAGUCGCAUAUUCUUCGGAGUAUUUUUUGUUGUGGGCUACGCCUUCCCUCUGGUCGUGAUCUGCUCCCUAUACAGCAUGCUUCUGUGUAAACUGCUGUGCGGUCCGGCCUCAAAGAUGUCAAAGUCAGCGGAGGCCAGUCGGGGCAAGCGGAAGGCCACCAAGGUGGUCAUUGUUGUCGUCCUGGUGUUUGCCUUCUGUUGGCUGCCCAUUCAGGUGGUGUUUAUGCUGCAAAACUUCUCCGGGGACACCGACUCCUUCGCAUUCCGCAUGGCACAUGUGGUGGGGAAUGUGCUUGCCUACGCUAACAGCAGUGUUAACCCGAUUCUGUAUGCAUUCUGCAGCGAAAGCUUUCGCAGGGGCUUUGCUGCCCUCCUCUGUCUGGACCGGUCAAGAAUGCGCCCACCGCCAAGCCCGCACAACGCAAAGCAGCCUAACGCACAGAAGCAACCUAAGGUAUUUGAAGAGAUGCUGGAGGUGUCAAGUGUACAUUCCGAUCACAACGGCAGUGGCCCGAAGUGUCCGCCUGUUGUCGUUCUCGUGGAAGACGCGCCAGAUCCUCGUAACAACAAUUCAGCGCCUCAAUCAGCAACCGCCAACCAUGCUACAGCCUAA